CCUCCUCAUACAGCUCUCAAAUUUUGUCACUCCUUCUUCGGCUGCAACAUCAAAAGUUUGUUUUUUUGGUGGAAGCUUGGUACUGGGUAUUCAUUCAAGAAGAAGGAUCUUUGUGUGGGUGUGGGGUGAAAGAUGAGUGAGUUUUUGUCACUUGUUUGGAGCUGUGUCGCUUUAUGAUUGUGGGUGGUGGCUGGUUCAGCAGUUUGGUGUUGGAAUUGGAGGAAAGGUGCAUGUGGGGUUUCAUUUGGAUUCUAUGUUUCUCGAAGGAUUUGGGGAAGAGAAUAAACUCAGAUUGUGGGCUUGUGAUCCGGAGCAGGGGUAGGUGGGGGAAAUGUGGCUGAGUUUUCCUGUGAAAUUUGACACCUUUUCUUUGUUUUGAGUUUGUUGUGUUGUGCCUCAUCUUUACCCAAUAGGACCCUUUUGGAGACUUUGCAGCUGUUGCCAGAGAAUGCAGCAAGAUCACAAAAAAAAGUGUUCGAUGGAGAUGGAAUUUUUCUCUGAAUAUGGCGAUGCCAACCGGUACAAAAUUCAAGAAAUUGUUGGGAAAGGAAGUUAUGGUGUUGUUUGUUCAGCCAUUGACACACACACUGGUGAAAAAGUAGCAAUAAAAAAGAUUCAUGAUAUCUUUGAGCAUAUAUCUGAUGCUGCUCGUAUUCUCCGUGAGAUAAAGUUGCUGAGGCUUCUUCGACAUCCUGAUAUUGUUGAAAUUAAACACAUCAUGCUGCCUCCUUCUAGGAGGGACUUCAAAGAUAUUUAUGUUGUUUUUGAGCUCAUGGAGUCUGAUCUGCAUCAGGUCAUUAAAGCCAAUGAUGACUUAACGAAAGAGCACUAUCAGUUUUUUCUUUACCAGUUACUUCGAGCAUUGAAGUAUAUUCACACCGCAAAUGUCUAUCAUCGAGACUUGAAGCCAAAGAAUAUACUGGCCAAUGCAAACUGUAAACUUAAAAUCUGUGAUUUUGGGUUAGCUAGAGUUGCUUUCAGUGACACACCAACAACUGUAUUUUGGACGGAUUAUGUUGCUACAAGGUGGUAUAGAGCACCAGAGCUCUGCGGAUCAUUUUACUCAAAGUAUACUCCGGCAAUUGAUAUAUGGAGUAUAGGUUGCAUCUUUGCUGAAGUAUUAAUAGGAAAGCCACUUUUUCCUGGAAAAAAUGUUGUCCAUCAGUUGGAUCUGAUGACAGAUAUGCUAGGGACUCCCUCAUUGGAUACUAUUUCCCGGGUACGCAAUGAUAAGGCAAGGAGAUACCUUACUAGUAUGAGGAAAAAGCAGCCUGUUCAAUUUGCACAAAAAUUUCCUAAUGCAGAUCCUUUAGCGCUAAGACUACUGGAAAGGUUACUCGCGUUUGAUCCAAAAGACCGACCUACUGCUGAAGAGGCAUUAGCUGAUCCUUACUUCAAGGGACUUGCAAGAGUUGAGCGGGAACCAUCCUGCCAGCCUAUUACAAAAAUGGAGUUUGAAUUUGAAAGGAGAAGAGUCACAAAGGAAGAAAUUCGAGAGCUAAUUUUCCGGGAGAUUCUAGAGUACCACCCUCAACUAUUGAAAGACUACAAAAAUGGAACAGAGAGAACUAAUUUUCUUUAUCCAAGUGCUGUUGAUCAAUUCAAAAAGCAGUUUACUCAUCUUGAGGAAUCUGGUGGUAAAAAUGGUCCAGUUAUGCCUCUUGAAAGAAAGCAUGUAUCACUUCCCAGGUCAACAAUUGUACAUUCAAAUAUGGUACCCCAAAAAGAGCAGCCAAAUAUUGCAUCCUGCAAAAACCGGGAAACAGCUGAGGAAUAUAAUAAUAAUUCCACAGAUACAGAAAAUCCUGUGCCAAGGUCCAUUCAGGGACCGCAAAGGAUUCCACUAGCAAAACCCGGUAAAGUUGGUGGUCCAGUUAUUCCAUUCGAGUAUGGGAGUGUUAUCAAGGAUUCAUAUGAUCCAAGGACAUUUAUAAGAGGUUCUGUUCUUCCUUCUCAACCUAUUCCCCCUGCAUAUUAUUAUCAAAGAUCUAGUAGCUCUGGAAAUCAAGUAAGGUCAUCAACAGAAGCUGACAAUGGUGUGUCUUUACAAGCAAAACUUGCCCAGCAAUGUGUAGUCAGUGCCAAAAUAGCACCAGAUAUAGCUGUGAAUAUUGAUACCAACCCAUUUUUUAUGACAAGGGCAGGAGUGAACAAGAUAGAAAAGGAGGAUCGAAUAGUCAUUGACACAAACUUGUUGCAGUCAAAGGCUCAAUAUGGUGGUAUUAGUGCUGCUGCUGGUGCCACUACUCAUAGAAAGGUUGGACCUGUUCAGUAUGGCAUGACAAGGAUGUUCUAGAAGAAGCUUGUCUUGUGAAUAUUUAAGCCAGGUGGAGCAACGAGUGGCUCUUUUUUAGUGGCGAGGAGUUGUAGUCUCUGGUGGUUCUUUGUGUAACAUGACAUGGGUUAGUGCUUCCCCAGUAAGAACCGGCUUUCUCUGGUCAAACGCAGUAAACUUUGACUACAGCUAUCAAUAAACUUUGGAAGUGAAAUGAGUCUUAUGAUUGUACCAAAAAAGAAGAAGUCCUAUCAUGCAAUUCAAUCCACACCAUCCUUUCUUUCUUUGUCACAGAGAUGUUUAGUCACUUUUCGCUGCACACUAGUGUGCAAACUUGGGCAACAAUUGACAAA